GCAUCCGAUACCUGUCGAUCUUCAUGAGCUCGACGAACCUGACCUGGCUGAUGGGACCCGUGUUCAUCUGGUCCAGCAUUGAGCCAUCGGUCGCCGUCGUCUGCGCUUGCAUGCCUCAUCUUGCACCUCUGGCACGGCUGGCUCAUCGGACCCUCGCGUCCAAGUUCCAUUCCCGACGAUCGACGACCGAGUCAUCUGAACGACCACGAAAGCUACCGAGUGGAUCGAGGCAGGGUGUUCAAAAGGGCCACCGAUUCAGCCAGCGAGGACCAACGUUAGACUUCGGGUUUGAGCGGCUGAAGAAGACGGCCAAUGACGACGAGAUAGGGCUGACGAAUUCUGUUACGGCGGGGCCCAACCACAUGGGCAAGCCCUUGUCCAUCGAAUCGGUCUUCGAGAUGAAUGGUCGUGCUCAGGAGAUCGCGGUGCAGUCGAGUUUUGUGCAGUCGUCUUCGCUGAAGAGCCCCCUGUUACGAGCAUUGUCUGCAUUGAAACUUGUGUCACCGCGUGUGCCCUUGCUCAAGUAGUUUCAGGAAACAGUAAACUGUGGGCAGCAGGCCGUAGAAACUUGGAAUGAUCGACUCAUCCUGACGCGAAUGGCCUGCGGCUGGACCCGUUAGGUGGGGCCCCCAAUCACACCGCAACCUCCCAUAAGGUACUCGUAGCACUGUGGAUAAGACUAAAUGAGAUGAGAACGUUCGCCUGACUGGUUGGCCUCG